AUGCAUGGCCCAUGUCUUCUCUCGACACGAGAUGUGCCCCUUCUGCAAAACCGCUCGGCCGGAAUCCCCCUAAAUACGGUGGAGCCGGAACAGCAAGGAAGUGGUUGGGACUGCCCAACAUGUCGAACGCAUGUUUUGGAGGAACGCAAUGUGUGCUUUAAGUGUGGUACAAACCGAGCUUUAGCACCGUCAUUUGCGCCGCCUUUACAGGAAGAAAUCAACAAGUUCCGCGAACUGGGUCGAUCUUUCUUGUCUGAAAUGGAAGGAAAAGAGAAAACGCCUGACGUGAAAGAUUCUGGCGAAACUCCUGAGGCAGAAUCCAAAACCGAUAAAAAGGACCAGUGGUCAUGGGAUAUGUCUUCGUUGGAACGUUUAGAAGAAGCCACCGAGACGGAGAACAUGUCCCAGAAAACUUCGAAGCACCGCGAUAGUCGCAAGCAACGCCCCACCAAGGACAAUGACGAUUUCGAUGUGGAGGAGCACCAACGUCGUCGCGAAGAGCGCAAGAAAUUGUUGAGGAAAAAGGCGGAGAAGAAAAAGGCUAAAGAAGCCCCGGCACCUCUUUAUCUUCCUGAAUUUAUCAGUGUCAGCAAUCUGGCGGAUGUUAUUAACGUUCGACCGGCGCAGUUUGUGCAGCGGAUGGAGGACAUGGGUUUCGAGGACAUUACCUAUAGUCACGUGCUGGAUGCAGAGACUGCUGGGCUGGUGGUGACCGAGUUCAACUUCGAGCCCAUUUUCGAAACCGCAACGGAUGAACUCGAGGCUGCACCGGUGCCAGAGGACACGUCCGUUCUGCCACCGCGGCCGCCCGUCGUCACUAUUAUGGGACAUGUCGAUCAUGGUAAAACCACCAUCUUAGACUGGUUGCGCAAGUCGUCGGUGGCAGCUUCGGAGCACGGAGGUAUUACACAGCAUAUUGGCGCGUUUUCCGUGGCGAUGCCUUCCGGAAAGACUAUCACCUUCUUGGAUACCCCCGGCCAUUCUGCAUUCUUGGAAAUGCGACGGCGUGGUGCCGACGUGACCGAUAUUGUGGUUCUCGUGGUUGCUGCAGAUGACAGUGUCAAGCCGCAAACAAUUGAGGCUAUCAAGCACGCCACGCAAGCCAAGGUCCCGAUAAUUGUCGCCAUCAGCAAAAUCGACAAAGAGGGCAGGAACCCAGAUCGGGUGAAGCAAGACCUCGCGAUGCAUGGGGUGAAUGUGGAAGACUACGGUGGUGAUGUCCAGGCCAUCCCCGUGAGUGGCAAAACUGGCCAAGGCAUGAUUGACCUUGAAGAAGCCAUCGUGGCACUAUCCGAAAUGCUUGAUCACCGUGCAGAUAUCCAUGGCAAUGUGGAGGGAUGGGUCAUUGAGACCACAACUAAGACCUAUGGUCGGGUCACAUCGGCUCUGAUCCGCCGCGGCACGCUACGUCCAGGCGAUGUGAUCGUUGCGGGAACCACCUGGGCUCGUGUGCGCACGCUCCGCAAUGAAGCUGGGGUGUCUGUUGAUGAGGCGACACCUGGAAUGCCUGUAGAGAUUGACGGUUGGAGGGAGCAGCCUACGGCAGGGACUGAGAUGUUGCAAGCUCCGAGCGAGCAAAAGGCCAAGGACGUCGUGGCGUAUCGCCAGGAGCGGUCGGAGACGAAGAAGAUGGGCCAGGACAUUGUUGCUAUCAACGAGGCGCGGCGGGACAUACUAGAGAAGCGCAAAGCCGAGGCCGAGGCUGAGGAAUCCGAGUCCGAAGAACCCACCAGUGUCCCUGAGGAACCGACUGGUCCCAAGGCGAUCAACUUCGUCGUCAAGGCAGACGUGGACGGCUCGGCCGAAGCGGUCCUGAACUCGAUCGCCGCCAUUGGCAACAACGAGGUCUAUGCCAACGUCAUUCGUUCAGGCGUGGGCCCGGUGGCCGAGUUCGACAUUGAGCAUGCCGCCAGUGCCAGGGGCCACAUCAUCUCCUUCAACAUGCCCAUCGAUGCCAGUACGAUGCGCAUGGCCGAGCUCCAGGGCGUGAAUCUCAUGGACCACAACAUCAUCUAUAAACUGAUCGACGACGUCAAGGACAUCCUAAGCAAGCACCUGCCGCCGAGCAUCACCAAGCGCGUGACGGGAGAAGCCGAGGUGCGGCAGGUCUUCGAGGUCACCCUCAAGGGCCGCGCGAAGACCGCCAUUGCCGGAUCCCGCGUGCGCAACGGUACGAUGAACCGCAACCGCAAGGUGCGGGUGAUCCGCGGGGACGAGACGAUCUACGACGGUAAGUUCUCUGCACAUAACCCACAACCAUUUUUUUCCUCCAGCUUGAACCGAACUGACAUUUUGCUUUCUGCAGGUACAAUCUCCUCUCUCAAAAACGUCAAGAAGGACGUAACCGAAAUGCGCAAAGACACCGAGUGUGGUAUUGGCUUCGACGAUUGGGCCGACUUUUCCGUCGGCGACCAUAUCCAGUGCUACGAGGAAAUAUUCGAGAAGCGCUACCUAUGA